AUGUGUAAUGCCAAAUUUGGUUCAUUAUUAGAUUUAACUUUUCUGAAACAACUUAAUAUUUCUGGAAUUAUUGAUUCAAUAGAUUGUUCUAAAAAUAAUUCAUUAACAAGUUUAUUAAUUAAUUCAUCUUCACCAAUUAUAACUAUUACAUUUAACUCUCAUUUAAACUAUAUUAAUAUUACUAACAAAAAAGGUAAAUUAAUAUUUAAAAAUUUUGAUGUUAUAAAAACAAUAAAAUAUCUCUCAAUUGAUGGUGAUUUUGAUAAAUUAGAUCUCAGUAAUAUUAUCUCUAUUAAAGAUUUAUCUUUAUAUUCUUCUUCAAAGAAAACAACUAUUUUAUUCCCUCAUUAUGACCAAACACAAUUACAACAUUAUUUUACUUCAGUAGGUAUUCAACCAAAACCAAAAUCAAUUAUACUUUGUUGUAAUUCUUUAAUACUAAAAGGUAAUUUUUUGAUAUCAAAGUUAUUUUUAGUAUUUAAUCAUAUCACUAUUCCAACUAUUGAAUGUCCAUUAUUAAAUCGAAUUAUUCUCCAUUACCAAAAUGUAGAAUGUAUUGGAUUUGAUUUAUUAACACAAAAAUUAAAGAUACUUUCUCCAUUAAAUAAGUGUUGUAGCUGUGUUUCUAUUCUUUCUAAUAUCACUCAACUAAAUCAAAAGAAAAUCACUUUACUUUACAAAACGAAAGUAUUUCUUUUAUGUUCUCCUAAAAUGAACAAAAAUCCUCCUCGUUCUAAAUCACGAACAACAAAUCAAAAACGAUUGUUUGGAUCAAAAUCACCGAACAAAGGAAUUUAUUUAUUGUCUGAUGAUACAUCUUCAAGUUCAAGUGAUUUAGAUGAUGAUAUUAAACAAUACAUAUAUCAUUCUGAUGUAUAG